CCGAGGGUGUGCGAGGGGGCUACGGCCGCUGGAAGCCAAUAGCGGUGCUGGUGGCAGAGGUGGUGGACGGUAUUUGGCCACUGCCUAUUGGCCAAUCGGUUUGCUGGGAUUAGAAAGCCGGUCACGUGACGCGCGACCCCAGAAUCCGGGGCCGGGUAGCCAGAAUGCGGUGUGGAUGUCUAACAGAGGGUGGAAGCGGCGGCGGGGCGAGCUGUGACGGACAGUCGACGCUGGUGCACUGGACAGCUUGCACUCCACGCCGCUGGUGGCGUUUUGGCCGUUUCCUGCUCCCUUCGAAACCAUCAUGUCACGUGACUCCCGGAGAUUCCAGGAACUAUACGAGCUGUCCUACCAAGAUCGUCUCUGGAGGUGAUGUCAUCAGCAAUCGAACAGCCAGUGACCUGUCACUCGUGGCAACGCAGUGGCAAUGCGGUGGCAAUGCAGUGGCAGCAGCACACUGUGUUGGCCUCGAGGAUAUUUCUACCAAUGCAGCAGGUAAAAUUGCAUGCAAUUCUGGACGGAAGGGCCAGAUUCGUUCUCUAAUAUUCUCUGCACAGCUCAAGACAAUUCAAUUAUCCACUGGAAACUAGAGUAGUUUUCUGUGAACAUUAGCCAACCAGAAAACUUACUUCUAAAGGGUUUCCUCGAUUUGGAUCAGCUCUACAGUGUAUAUUAGUUAUCAGCAUUAUUUUCCCGGAAUCCCCGAUUUGCCGGCUCUACACUUUCGU